AUGGCAGACGCAGCUAAACCCAAGAGGCGCCUUCCCUUCAAGCCCACCGCUUUGCGACAAAAGUCCGACCCGAAGCCCGCGACGCAGAAGAACGACAACGAAGAAGAAGAAGACGACGACGACGAUGGACUCAGUCUGUUCAAGCGCUCCGCCGAGUUCUUCCCCGUCGCAGUCGCCGAACAGGAGCGGCGUAUGAAACGGAAGCAGGCGGAACGAGAGAAGAGCACACAAGCGCGAUCGCCAGAGCGCGAGACGGAGCCUGCGCCGAGAGCGAGCGAGGAGCCUGGCAAGACCGACGUUGAAGGGGAAACAAGGGAACCCGGCACGCCGCCAUCCAAACGCUCGCGAACCAGCGACGAAUCCCCGCAAUCGAGAACAAAGCAGUCGCCUUACAAACGCCGCGAAGGCACAGAAACACCUUCGAAGCGCUUGACCCGCGCCGCCGCCUCGCGGACGCCUCGGAAGCAGGAGGUGAUACCCCACAAGCCCGUCAUCGCGAUCGAAGAUAGCGACGAAGACCUCGACGACGUCGACGAUGUGGCCAGCGACGAUAUCUACGAAGCGUCGCCCGUCCGCAAGACGCACCGCCGGAGACAGACUUCGGAGCCCGAGGUGUCGCCUCUCAUGAUUGACUCGGACGACCCCUUUGUAGAAGGAAUGGACGAAGACAAAAAGUCAUCUGUCGCAGGAGCGGCAGCGGCACCGGAAGGAGAGGAAGAUGAUGAAUUUGAGGAAUACGUCCGACGCGCCAUGGAGCGUAAAAAGGCUCUCGAGCAGGACGAGAACCAGCUCGUCAACGUUUUCGUCACCUCUGAUAUACCAGGCACCAGGGAUCGGCAAUUCCGCUUCACGCUUGCCAAGCCGCUCAAGGUGAUUCGUAUGAAGUGGAUUGAAGUCCAGCUGGAACGUAUUGAGAUUCCUCGCUCGGAAGUGGACAGUGUAUUCCUCACAUGGCGCGGUCAUGAGCUGUAUGACACCACGACACUGCACAGUCUCGACCUGGAGGCUACGUUCCGCAAGAACGGUGGCGGCGGCGGUGGUGGCGACGGUGUAGCAGAUUUGUCCGAGGGCUUCAAAGACGACGACUGGACAAACGUGCAUCUGCAGGUGUGGACGCGCGAGUUGUGGGAAGAGCACGAGAAGCAAGAGGCGCGGAGGAGGAGACACGACCUCGGAGACUACUCUGACGACGAAGGUGGCGAGCAGGGCGAUGGCCCGGAUGCCAUCGAGCCAGAGGUGGAGCAGAAGAUCAAGGUUCUCCUCAAGACCAAGACGGACGAGCCGCUCAAGACUUCGGUGAGGCCGUCGACCACCAUCGGAACGCUCAUGGAGUUGUUCCGGAAAAUGCGUGGGUUGGCUGAGGACGCGCCCAUCACGCUCAUGUUUGACGGUGACGAGCUCGGAGAGGAGACGACUGUCGAGGAGGCUGACAUCGGCGACAUGGAAACGAUUGAGGUCUACAUAAGAUGA